AUGCGGUUCUUGAUCUCGAGCUCAGAGUUGGAGAUGGACACAGAGAAAGCACAUAAGGCAGAGUCAGACAGCGGCUUCAGCAGUGGGCGGAGCUCUCCUGUGAGUGGGCGGAGCUCUCCUGUCCGGGCGGAGUCAGCAAUACAUACUCGGGUGGUCUCUCUGGACUGCGAGAUGGUUGGCACUGGUCCCGGUGGUCGCGUCAGUGAGGUUGCCCGUUGUUCUGUUGUUGGUUACAGUGGAGAGGUCCUGUUCGACCAGUAUGUCCUACCCAUUGGACAAGUCACUGAUUUCAGGAGCCAAUGGAGUGGAAUCAGGAAGUGCCACCUUCGCCAGGCCACGCCCCUCAGCCACACCCGGGAACAGGUCCAGUCUCUGCUUCUUGGUAAAGUACUGGUUGGACACUCUGUGCACUUUGACCUCUCGUCUUUGGACCUUUCACAUCCUGGUCACAUGAUCAGAGACACCAGCUGUUCCCGCCUCCUCACGCGAUUGGCCGGUUUGCCUCGUGAGCCCCGCCCCUCCCUCAAGACUCUGUCCAACCGGCUGCUGCAAAGGGACAUCCAGGUCGGUAGAUCAGGACACUGCUCGGUGGAAGACGCCCGAGCCGCUCUGGACUUGUAUAAACUGGUGGAAGGCGAGUGGGAGAGAGAGAUGCAACUGCAGCUGAUGGACGAGCAAGACCCGACCCCCCCAGCGUACGCAUCAUCACAGCAUUUCCUGAAUGACCAGUACUGGCCCGCCCAUUUCUGA